UCCGACGCGUUCAUCUCCAGAAAAAUCGACGAGUUCGUCCAGUUGCGUGCGCUCAUCGCCGCAGGCAACAAGUCCUUCGAGUACCGCCUCAAGUGGGUGCACAUGUUGGUGGCCGCCACCAACAACCGGCUCUUUGCCUACGUCAACAUCAAGGGCGAGGCCGUGCCGCCCGACCGCGUGCUGGAAAACAAGCUGCACUUCAUCCGCACCUGCGUCAGCCACCUCCACAAGCUCCUCAAGGAAUUGGCCCGCAGCGAGCGCCACGGCGCCAAGAGGCUCUACGCCGAGGCCUGCUACAUCCAGGGCUGCUUCCACCUGCACGCCUACAUGGACCGCUACGGCCAGGACUUUGGCCACGACUUCGACGCGCCUGAGGCCGAGUUUUUCUUCGCCGCGUGCUUGGACUCCAACCCGGCGUACUUCCGCGCCUACUACGAGAUGGGCGAGCUCUGCGAGCUGCUGCAGGAAGAUGCCCAGUUCGACCAGGCCAUGCAGCACUACACCGAGUCCGCCAAGAUGGGCUACAACCGCGCCAUCUACAAGGUGGCCUUGGUGCAGUUGCUCGUGCCGCACAAGCGCCUGCCGCGCUUCCUCCACUACUUCAAGAAGUUGGCGGAAAUCGACAUGGACUCCAGCGACGUCCAGCUCAGCGGCGCAGACCGCGACGAGCUCGAGGAGAUCGUGGGCUUGGCGCUGUUCCAGCUCGCCAAGAUCUACGAGGGCAUCUACCCGGGCGACUUGCAGGCGGACGAUGCGUUCGUGCAAGCAUGCUUGGAAUCGGCGCCCGUGACCUACUCCCGCAGUCUCGCGUACUACAACCGGGCCGCCAAGCUUUCGUGCGUGCAAGCCCAGGUGCGGCUAGCCAAGGUGUACGAGGACGCGGAGUUGGACCGCGAGUACAACCCGAAGAAGUCCAUCCAGUGGUACAUGCGGGCGUCGUCGUCGCCGUUGAAGUUCCGGCGCCACCCCGAGGCCAUGCUUGGCUUGAGUCGCUGGUUGAUGAAGGGCUCGGCGGGCGCCAGCAAGCACAUCCCGUAUCCGGACCCGGAGCGGGCCGUGCAAUGGUGCCAGAGGGCGUGCAAGGAAUUCGCGUACCCGGAGGCCUUCUUCCAGAUGGGCUUGUUGGUGGAGCAGGGGUAUGCGGCCGGGGACCCCAGGACAUGGUUCGAGCAGGCCGAGGCU